AUAUAUGUGGUUGUGUAUAAUCUUCCAUCGACACAAAUCCUAGCCAGCUAUCUUUAGUCUUUACAUCCAAAAAUGUACGAAAUCAAUAAUAGUUCAGCUUCUGAAUUGGCUCUUUUAGAUUCUGUUCGUAAUUUUCUCCUCGCUGAUGAUUGUUACGAAUUUCCUGCCAAUGCUGGAUCACUUUAUACCCCCAGUUCAAGCUUCAGUAGUGGUAUCUUUUCGACGGAGAAUUGGAGCGAUCUUUUGCAGGCUGCGAACUUUGGUUUGCCUUCAAACGUAAUGACUGUGAAAAGAUCAGAGCCAAAAGGCCCGGCUGUUGAUGUUGCGGAAAAGCGUGUUUCACACGCUCCUUCUAGGGGAAUGGGUUACAGGGGCGUAAGGAGAAGGCCGUGGGGGAAGUACGCGGCGGAGAUGAGGGACCCAAAGAAAAAUGGAGCUAGAAUUUGGCUUGGAACAUACGAGACAGCUAAAGAUGCCGCGCUGGCUUAUGAUCAAGCUGCUUUCAGGAUGCGUGGUGCCAAAGCCAAACUAAAUUUUCCUCACUUGAUCGGGUCGGCCAACGUUCAGCCAGUUAGAGUGAACCAGAGUCGACGGCGUUCCCCAGAGCCUUCGUGUUCGUCCUCCUCCAUGUCAGAUAGUGGGUCUCUUAACCCUAAGAGAAGAAGAAACAAGAGUAGCUUCGUUACCAUUGAUAAUUAAUUUCUGAUUCACUGGGGAACAAUGAGCAGACAGAUCUUAUUACCAUGUAAACAGAUUAAUUUUAUUUCUCGUCAAAAAGAAAUUAUGCAAAUUCACGAUAAUGUCUAAAAUAUUAUUUUCCACGUGUGUGGGGACUGGAUACAGUAGAAAUUUUACUUAGACUUAUGUACGGAUACUGUAUCUGAGGAUUGUUAAGUGGAUUCUUUUCCCAAAAAAAAAUAUAUAUAUUUAAAGUA